AUGGGCAAAUCAAGGAAAUCAAAGGCAAAUGUUACUGCUUCCUCCAAACUAACUGCCGAAGAGCAAGAGAAACAAAGAUUUGAAGAAGCUCAGCAAAUUCUGAACACAGCCAAUGUGGUCACCUGUAUCAAGAAUGUUGAAGAACUGGUUGUGUACAACGAAGCAAGAGUGGACUUCGACAACCUGGCUGAGCAUGGGUUUGACAUUAGGGAUCAAGUAGAUUUGCAAGGUUGGUCUGGCUAUUUCAAUAGGCUCUGUGGUCCUAUCUAUUACAAGUUAGUUGUGGAAUUCUGGAAGAAUGCUGUCUGCAACGACUACUAUGUCGUUUCUCAUGUAUUAGAUAGGAAGAUUGUUAUCUCUGAGGAAUCCAUUGCAAAAUUAUUGGGAAUGGAAUUUCAACAGGGCAAGAGAAUCAAGAAUGUGGAUGCUAAUGUUCCUGGCAUGAGGAAAUUAGUAAAUAAGGCCAUUUAUGACAACUGGUCUCUGGAGAAGACAAAGUAUACCAUAAAGGAAUUGAAGCCAACAAUGAAGAUCUGGCAGAAGAUCUUCAUUUACUGCAUUCACCCCAGAACAGGAGGUACUGAUUACCUCAAUGCAACUCAAAAGGUAAUCAUGUACUAUAUCUCUAAGGGUGAGCCUGUAUGUCUUCCAUUUCUGCUCUUCAACUAUCUGAAGGAAUGUGUUGAGAAGUCAAGAACUACUGCAAUUGAGACCAAAAGAAGUAAAGGAGAUCCAAUCACUCUCGAGGAGUUUAUCAAAAGUCUUCCUGAUAGUCCUCCUGAGGUACCAACAAGGAAGUCCAAGAGAACAACUAGCAGCAAGCCUUCAGAUCCCAAAGGCAAAGGUAUUCUAAUAGAGGAAACCAAGAAGAUGAAAGCUGCAUCAAAAUCUGUGGUCAUCAGGGAACCAAUUCCAGAACCCUCUCCUGAAAGAACUCCAGUGGAGUCUCCUCAGAAAUCCCAGUCGGAUAGCUCUGAGAGCUCUAUGGCUUCCUCCAUUGGAACUCAAGAAGAAGAAGAUGACACCAACAGAGGAGGAGCAGUUCACUCUAACUCUGAAGAAGUUUCACCUAGAAGGGAUGUCAAGAGGAAAACUGUCAUGGAAGAAUCUUCUGGUGAGGAAACUGAAGAUGAUGAUGUUCCUCUGGCCAAGAGGCAAAGAAUUCAAGCAAUUCAAGUUGAGGAAGACCUUGAGCAGGAUGAUUGUGAGAUUAUUGGGAAUGUGCUUCAAGUUAUAAGGGAAUCUCCAGAAGCUGAAGAAUCCACCGAUUCUGAUGAAGCGCCCAUAGCCAAGAGGAAGAAACUGGCUCUGAAGGGUCCACUUCAGAAGAAGGGGCCAGAACCAAAGCAAACAUCUGAGAUUAUUCCUGAACAACCUGUACCUAUAUCUACAUCCCUGCCAACCUCAAUCCAAACUGUUCCACCUCAAACAGAACCUCAUACACAAAUCAUUUCUCAAACCGAAACACAAGCUCCCCACUUAAACAUCCAAACUGCUACCAUUUCCAUUCCAUCCAUUCCAAUCCAAACAUCUUCCACAUCCACCACAACUGAGUCUGUACCUCUCUUCAAUUCUUUCAUUAAGGGUAUCGUUCAGAGUGAGGCCACAUUGAGGGACUUGGUUCAACAAUUCACACCUAAGCCUCCAUCCACCUCAAGAACCCUUCUGAUAACUGAAUCUGGUGAGAUUCCUGCUGAGAAAGACGUUGGAGAUGAGGAUGUUCAGAUUCUAGAACCUCCCUUCAAUGUGCAACCUAUCCAGCAGGUAGCCUCCUAUUUUGAAGAUCUGCUCCAAGAUGCUGCUGCUGAGUCUUCUUAUGUGUCCUUGUCUCACUACUCCACAGUGAACUCAAGAGAUCUGAGCUUCACCUCGCCUGAGAAGACAGCUACAUCCAGGAAAAGACAAGUGACUAUUUCUGAGGUUGAGCAUAUGGAUGAAUCAGAUCAUUCAGGACUAGAGAAGGUUCAUGUGAAUGAAUCAGCUCCUUCAGGACAAAUUAGAACUGAGAGUUCUAAUGCUUCAAGCUCUAAUGCAACCAACACCCCUCAGCCAAUCAUGGAUCUGGCACCCUCCUUCAGGCCACAAAAUCUCAUUCAGCUCAUUCAGGAGUUCUCUGAUGAAGCAACCAGAAGAUUGCAAUGGCUGUAUCAGGUAACUGACAAUCAGUUUGAUGCAUCUCUGGUUGAUGGUAUGUGGUCUGCCUUCAGACGAUGGUCAGAAAGUAGAGCUUCUGAGAUUGAGAAGCAGCUUAGCAGAGAGAAGCGUCUGAGAGUUCAUGAUGCCUCAGAAAGAGCUUAUGAGCAGAGGCAAAGGGUGUUACACAAGGUUUGUGAACCCAUGAGAAGGGCAAUGGCUGCAAGAACUCAUGUUGUCUCUGAACGUACCUCAGAAGAUGCUGAUAUGAUUCCAGCAGAGGUUGCAGAGGACAGUGUAGAAGAGAUUAUUAUUCAUGAGGCUGCAGAGGUUGAUGAAGUUCAGAUGGAAUUACCUACUGAAGCUGCGGCAGAAGUUCAGGCACCUACAGAUGUUCCUAUUCAAGCUCCAGAACCAGCCCCACAUCCGGAAGUUGCUCUCCUGGCUACCAGAAUUGAUAGGAUACAAGAUGAUCAGCAGAGGCUGUUUCAGAUGGUUGAGCAUCAAGGACUCAUUCUGAGUGAACAAAGUCGGCAAAUUCAGGAAUCCUCCAGCAGAAUGGAGAACAUGAUGAAGUAUCUGAUCGAGAAUCUCUCAUCUUCAUCCAAGCCUUGA